GAGUAUUACUCUAUGACACGCGGGUAUUCGGCGGGUAAACGUUGAAAUUGAAACAAUUUACAAUAUUAUUAAUAUUAUUAAUAUUAACCGUAUCACAAUUCACAAGUCUCAUUUCAUCUUGUGUUUUUGCUUCAAAGUUCAAAAUGCAAGUUAUCUGGUGUUUUGUUUUUCUUUUAAUUUGUUUUAUGUGAGGUAUUAGUUGAAAAAAAUUUGAUUUAUUCUAUCUUGUCAUUUCUGAUUUCUCAUUGCAGUAAUUUUCUUUUGUUCUGGCGUCGGCGUGAUUCAAUGUGCAAAGCUUUUGUUUGGAUUUUAAAUUAAGGAAGUAUUUAAUAGUCUACUAGAUCAUACGUGGUAUUUAACUACUACUUAGCUUCUUAUUGAUUUUAGAUGGGAAAAAAAGUAUUCAAUAUCUUUAACUUCAGAAAGAAUAAGAGUGAAAAUAAUACAAAUAAUGUCAACAACGAUUUUUCUGAUGUCAGUAGUACAAGGUUACUGAUGUUAAUACAAUCAAAAUAAAUUUAUCACAAUCUCUUUUUGCUAAAUUACCUGACCGUAACCAUCUUAAUAAAAUUACUUUAUGUCUUGGGGAUUUAAAUUCUGGACUGAUGAGACCAAUAAUUAAGUUUGGAGAAAGAUGCUGUAUUCUGCUAUGCUUGUCCUCUAUUCUCAAAUUUAUCUGGGCAUUAUAAAGAAACAUUUACAACUAUUGGGUCUAAAAACAUACUGAAAAAAAUUGAGUGGCAGUAAAGAUUCAAAUUCCAGACAUUCUAAGCUUGAAUUACAUAAUAUAAGUGAACACCACUUGAGUGCUAUGUCAAAAUGGUCAUCAUUCAAAAUGACUCUAGAAACUGGCUCGAUUCAAAAUCAUCUUAAUUCUGCACACAAACCAAAAGUUUUGGAUUGUAAAAUUUAUAUCAAACAAUUAAUUAAAAUUGCAUUUUAUUUAGGUAAACAAAGUUUAUCUUUUAGGGGGCAUAGAAAAGAUGAACUAAGUUUAAACAGAGAAAAUUUCAAAGAAGCUUGUGUAUUGAUGAACAAAUUCAAUGACAAUUUUGCUUGCCAUUUUAAUUCAAAGACAAAUUAUACUAGUUGGUCUGUACAGAAUACUAUUAUAAACUUUUGUGCUAAGCAUAUUAAUAAACUUGUCUGUGAUGAAAUCAAAGAGUGUGGCUUUCAUAGUAUUAUGGUUGAUGAAGCAAGGUCUUUUAAAGCUCAACAAUUAUCAUUAUGUAUAAGAUAUACAAAUAAUUUUGAAGUAGUGGAACGGUUUUUAACUUUUAUUGAUGUAUUACAAAAGCAAGAUGCAAGUUCUUCAUGCUCAUUUAUAUUCAACUAUUUGGACACAAUUUCAUUGUUAGAUAUACCUAUUGUAGCACAGCUGUAUGAUGGUGCCAAUGUCACGUCUGGACAGUUUAGUGGGGUGCUACAAAAAGUGAAACUAAAUCAUCCGUUUGCAAUCUAUACCCAUUGCAUGACACACAGAGUAAAAUUGGUUGUACUAGACAUGUGUAAAAUGGUGUAUGCCAAAGUAGUUUUUAAUAUUCAUUGUGUUAAUUUAAUUGUUAUUAUUUUUAUUACUAUUAGGGUACAAGGGUCAUUUAUAUUUCAUACUUUUGUGUUGGAAGACAUUACAAAUAAGUACUCAGUUAUAGCAAAAGUCUUCUACACUAGGAAAAGCUGUUUCUGUUAUUAUCGGUGUCAUAAAAAUAUUAAGAGAUAAACAUUGAUUUUUCUAAUGUGUGGUCUAGUGUAAAAUUGUUUGCCGAAUUGUAUGACAUACAACUAUACUCAAUAGGAUGUAAAAGAAAAAGAAAAGAAUCCAGUUAUUUUAAUGAUUUUUAUCUAUUAACUACCAUGCACUAGCGCUGAAAAUGUGCAAACUGAACAAACAGUAAAUGGCAUGGAAGAUCCUUGGUGAACAAUUUACUUUCAAAUAAUUGACACUCUAGUUACCAACUUAGAAAAAAUAUUUUCAUCAGAAAGCCUUAAUAUAGCAAUUGGAGUAGACAAUUUCCUUAAACUUAAUUUUAAUGAUAUACAUGCUUUAUUGAACAUUUAAAUAAAAAAAACUAUAAAAAAUAAAAUGUAUUUUCAUAUUAUAUUAAAUUAAAUAUUUUAAAACUAUUAUAUAAUUUCUAGGAGUUAUUGAACAUUGAUGUUGAUACUAUAAAAUGUGAAGGAUGGUAGCAAAAAAAAGUCUAUUAAGAUUAAAUGAGGAAAAUGAAAUCAAUAUUGAUGGUCUUAAACAAGUCGUAAAUUGUGUUGUUUAUCCAAAUUUAUUUAAACUUGUACAAUUAGCGCUCACAAUACCAAAUAAG